UUCUCAUCACAAAAUCAUCCUGGUACAACAGCUAUGAAGAUCCUACUGCUUACCACCUUCGUGGCCUUAGCCACCGCUGACGUGUCCCACUUGCUCAACCAGCAACCUGGCUAUGCUUACCAAACUCCCCUGUCGAGCUAUGGAGCACCCCAGGCCUCAGUCCUUGGUGGAGCUUCCAAUGCUGUAUCGUACAGCUCCGGAGGCAGCCUUGCUCUACCAGCCGCUUCAGCAGGAAACUUCAAUGGACAAUCAUUGAGCUUCACCUCUGGCUUUCCGUCCAACGUUGGUGAUGGCUUGACUGUCCAAAGCUACAGCAACGUACCCGCUGGUGUGGCCGUGUCUUCUACAGCCUCGCCACUGAAUGUCGAUUUCUCUGGCGGAUUUGUUUCUUCUACCCCUGCUUCAGUACCCUCAGUAAACUUUGUGCAAUACUCGCAGCAGCAACCCGCUCUGGGCAAUGUACAAUACUCAGUAAGCAGUACUGCCGCCCCCGCAUUCGGUGUUUCCCAAUUCGCUAGCGAUGCAUCUUUGAACUCCGGAUUCGGAAGUGCUCUUUCUGGAGGAUCUAGUUUUGGUAGCUCUGGUAGCUUUGGCUCUUCGGUUGUAGAUUCUAGCGCUGCCAAAUUUGGCGGAAUCGGAGGAAGCAUUAGCAGUGGAUUUGGUCUUAGUGGGGGAGUUAGUGGAAGCAGCAGCUACGCAGGCAAAACUUCUGGAGGAAGCCUCGACGAGUCAUUUGGUGUAGUUACUGAUGCUGCCAGUGGUGCUAGCCAGUCAGACGUAUCCAAACAUUUGUAUUUCUUCGCCGCCCCCGAAGAACCCGAAGAAGAAAUCCAAGCUAAAAUUGACCUGCCUCCUGUACCGCCAAAGAAAUCCUACAAAAUCAUCUUCAUCAAGGCUCCAUCAUACCGUCUACCAUCCACCAUCAAUGUACCAGCUCAACCUCAGAACGAAGAGAAGACCCUCGUAUACGUUUUGGUUAAGAAACCAGAAGUACACCCCAAGGUCAGAUACCAAGGAGCACUGCCAGCCAAACCAUCCAAACCUGAAGUAUUCUUCAUUAAAUACAAGACUCAGAAAGAAGCUGAAGCCGCCGUUGCUGACAUUCAAAGCAAGCAUGGUGCUCAAGGCCAAGUUAUUGCUAACUUGCCUGCUGGUGUACAACUCGCCAGUCAGCAAGCUGAAGCUAUUGCCGCCAAUGCUGCUGCCGUAGCUACCGGUGAAUCUGCCGGCAGUUUCGGAGGCAUUUCCGCUGCUGAUUUUGGAUCAAACGCUGCUGCUAAUUUUGGUUCAAGCGCUGGUAUUGACAGCUCAUCAGUGUCUGUGGGAUCAACCGGUGCUGGAUUCGAGACUAGAUUCUCUGGUAAUGCCGCACAAGGAAGCCAAGGCGUAUCUGAGACCACUAGCUUCCAACUUAAUAUUCCCGUAAGCUCCACUGCUAAUACCAUUGUUGAAGGUAGCUCUGGUGCUGGUGCCUCUGGUGUCGAGGAGUCUUCUUAUCAAUCUGAAGGAUCCGUAGCUGAACAAAGCAACGAAGUUUCCGGAUCCGCAGGUGCCGAAGAACAUGUAGUAAACAUUGGUGGUGCUGCCUCUAUCAAUGCCAGUGGUGUGGAAGGACAUGUUGCUGCCGAUGAAAGUGGAAACCAAAGCGAGAGCCACAACGCUCAAGUUGGUUUUUCUACAUACGGCGUUCCUAGCGUGUAAUUGGGACUUUUAAAACUUAGUAUGUAGGAUUCCAUCAUAGUCAUAUUAUUGUCAAAAUACCAUAAUAGUCCAAGCAUUCUUUCAAUUAGCUGAGGUUUUGAGCACUGCCAUUUUGAAUCUACAGAGUUAUUGAGAGGCUAUUUUGAUGCAAAAACGCAUUUUUAAACUGGGAAGUAUUGAUAUUUUGAUGCUCAAUAAUUAAAUGAUAUUUAACUCAGGAUGUGAUUUUGUAAAAUAAUUUUAAAUAAACAUACUUGUAAAUAUUAUGUGCAAUAAAAUAAUGAUUUUUGAAAAAA